AUGGUUGUUGCGUCAAGAAGACUUCGACAAAUCACGUCAUCAAGAAGUCUACCAGCAACUCCAGGAGAAACUCAGCGACGACGUCUACAAGCCAAGCUGUCUAGAACUCGUCAAAUCGUCACUCAACUUCAACAGAAGUUCACUCUGCCGAUACCAGCUCAAGCGAAAAGAGAAGAUCUGAUCAUCUUAAUCUUCAAGCGAUCAAGCAAGAUGAAUUUCCUGGAAUCACAAGCCAGAAUUUCUACUAGCAGGAUCAAAGGAGGACAAGACAGAGAUUUCCAAGUCACCACCACUCUUCCACCAGCUGACGAAGAACAAGCCAACAAGAUGUCGUCAAGAAGGCACUCAACGUCUUCUGGAUCAACUAAGAUUCAAAUCAAUGUAGAUUUGACAAAAUUCGGCAAGACAGUCGGAUCCCUGCAAGGACAAUCGAAUGACUUCAAAAGAUCUCGACAAAAGGAUUCAAUCCAUCGUCAUGGAAUCAAUCAAUCCCACACGAGAAGAAGAAGGAAUAACGAACUGGAAGAAGAGGCCGAGCCGAAGAUCAAGAAGUCAGUCAACCUGCUGAGGACAAGAGGCAGUUGGACAUCAAAGGAAGUCAAGCUGAGUGAGACAAGUCUUCACAACAAGGAAGCCAGGGACAGGUUCCCCGUCUCGACCUCAAGGACGUCAGCCAAGCAGAGCACAACUUCAGGAGCUCAGAUCCCAUACAAGCUCAUUGCGCUCAACAACAGUCGCAGCAACUGGUCUCAAACAGGAUCAAUCGUUUCUGGAAAGGACAAAUGCUGCAAAAACAACACAUCCAGCCGUGGAAUUCGCCGCAGAGGAGCUCCAACCUCCGAAAGGCGUCAGCGAGAACUUCGCCAGCUGAAACCAACGAAGGAGUGGAUGCCAAGCAUCACCUUCGUCUAUCUCCAUCCGCCGUCAAUCGGACAACACCAAUAUUGGCACACAAUUCCAAGAAGAUGUGCACGGAUUCAACCAUCACCAGGUGCUUCAAGCAACAACAUCGUUAUGAAGUACCAGCAAGAAUCAAUAAUCAUCUUCAAGGAAAGACGACAAUCCACCAUUCACAUCUUUGCUCAAGGAUUCAAGGAUUCGUCGGACAACUGA